ACAAUAUGAAUUGUUUCAAUUUAUUACCUUUCAAUUUAAGUCCUUUUGCAGACUUUUUGCCUAGUAAUAUUCCAUAUAAUUCAUUUACAAUAACCCCAGAAGUUGAUCCUUAUACAAAUGGACAGAAAAUUUUCGGUUCGAUGCCUCCGCCUUUUUUUAAUGUAGAUGACACGAAGAUUGAAGCAAUCAAAGCUUACAGUUGCUCAUUAAUGCCAUGUUAUGAUAAUGAUAAAAUAGUCGUUUGCGCCUGUAAUUUUAGGACAGGCAAUGUUGUCACUUUUAAAAAUAAAUGUGAUGUCCUUAAACAUAAUUGCAGGUUUGAUACAGAGUUUCGGAUAAUUUUAAAUGAAAUAUGCCCUUGGGAGUUCCAAUCUCGACGUACUAAUAAAGAACUUAAAAUCGAUUACAGUGAUCCUAAGUACUACAACUGAUAAUUUAAAUUAUUAUUUAAGUGAUUAAUAAAUGAAUUGAAAAAAG